AUGGGUCUCCGUAUCGUGUCCUCAUCCUUCAGUCCUUCUAAGGUGGCUGUUCUGGAGAUUGAGUUCUGGAGAUCUACGAUUGCGACUGCGACUGACAGGCGUUUAUCUCUAGGUCUAGGCCUAUUUCAUCUUUCUGAUUAUCUUAAUGCGGCUCUUGUAGGUCAUGCCCCACAUCAUUCUGCUCACGGCAGCCAUACCAGGAACAACAAUAACAAGUACUAUUACGUCCCAAUCCGCACAAAAUCACUUUCCCUUCCCGUUUGGAAGACUGAGCUGCUCCAGCCUGAGCUGUGGCUGUGUUGGGGUGAGCAGACUGAAUUGAGGCUGAGCGGCCAGAGCAGAGGCCUGAGUAACAACAUGACGCCCCGGAAGCGGGACUUCCCAACUUCUCAUCCAUCUAGACGAAGAUUGACGAACUAUAGAGUACAGAAAUCACACUUCUUCUACUUACGAUCUGACACCACUACUCAUUCCUUAUUCCCAGAGCCACGGACUCUUCACAACUGCGGUGGCAAGCCCCUUAAAAAAGAGUGCCAUACGCCUGCUCCGGCGCUAACCCAAAUUGAGCGACAGCUUCCGAUCGUGUUGAAUCAUGUCUGUGCACAGCUCGAAUCGCGUUCGCCGCCGUUACCUAUGCGGAGGUGGCACGACUUUCAAUUCCGUAACCAACUCAACCAUAACGUCCUACACUCUCCUUUAAGUGCCAAAGAUCGCUACUCGGUCUCCAGGGCUACUCAAGAUUUCAUGAAGGCCUGGAAAAUGGCAACACUAACUGAAGAAAUUGCCCAAGUACGAUUCUUGUGUGCUCACCCUCAAGACACUAGAUAUUCCAAUCAGCAAUCUAUCCCACCUAUCCUGAUCAUGCGAUGCGAACGGUCUAUCAAUCCACGUCGUCGUCUGGUCCUACUCUUCUAUGCGUACGCCUUCCAGCGGCCCUCCUCUCCCAACAUUUCCCCCAUUCUUGGGUCUAUCACACUUCCUCGGUCGCGGAUAUCCGAGAACUGGAAACCUCAACACAUGUCUUACCCCGGGACUGCGUCUUCAUCAUCCCGCUACUGGGAGUUGUUGGCAGUCGUGAUCGAAUACGGGUCUUUGCGUUUCGUCUUGGAAUCUGCAGACUCUGCAGACUCGGUGAAGCCAAACAUCCUGGGCCUCGAAUCUACGCUGGAAGAUCUACCUGACUUCAAGGGGUCCUCUCAGCUCGGUGGAAUAUUGACAUCACAUACUACUAGGAUCCUCAAAAAAGGCUUGACCAACUAUGGUAGUGCAAAAUAUACUGACACACACUACCGAGCAAGCUGUUAUUGUAUAAGCAGGGCGUGGGAGGAACUUAGCACAUACCAGCCAUUGAGAAGGAAUGUGCCUAUAAGACCGUCUCUGACCGCCAGUGGAACUCUCAGAUGGGGCAACGAGCACACAGAUAAGACCAAAAUCAUUACAUCGUACAGCUCGCUUGCACCUGGUCUUGAUCCUCACCACGUGGAUACCGCUAAAGGGCUUAAUUAUAUGCAGUGGUCCCCUUUCCCAUUAGCAUUGAUCCACACACUGGAUAGGGGCCGACAUUGGAGGCCAAAUGCAAGAGCUGAUGCCACUGCUGCCCCGCUCACGAUAGGUCCGAUGGUGAUGGCGGACUGCACGAAGGGCUUUGAAUCGAGAUUAGCGUUUCCAUCUCUAUCUACAAAUGCUGGGGGCGGUACUACCAAGGCUGCGAUGAUCCACCAAUCGUCGGCCCGCAAAGGCUGCUUGACUUUCCCGCGGGCCAGAAGUCUCAAGGCGACUGCUAAGAAGGCGAAGAGUAGGCAAAGGAUGGCGAUCUUCUCGGGCAUUGGUAACGGCGCACCGUUUAGUGAUGACAUGGAUAUUUUGAAGUUCCCCCUGGACUCAAAGAUUAGCAAGUCUAACGAUGAUGCAAGUCUGGAGCCCAUUAUACGGUACGCCAACAACGGUGCCGCCACAGCAGAUGCUGAAAUUAAUAUAUCGCUGCAUGAGACUACCCAGGGGCAUAUUGGCCGACUACAUCAUUCGGCACGCUUCCGCAAGAUAAUUAAAGGUGGUCCCAAAUGCCGCAUACACAUGCAGCCGCCAUGGAUCGAGCUACCGGACCGUAGCGCUGGCUUGAAGAAUGAGGCAACGCUGCGGCGUAGCAAGUGGGACUGCGCUCGCCCCUCUGAAGGCCUAGAUUGUCCUAUGCGGCUACCAGUCAAUUAUAAGUUAGGAUUCUGUAGGAGCAUAAACCGAGCUAACUUGAUAUCGCUGUUCGUUGCUAACGGGUACUAUACCCUAUGGCGUGUUUGCACCUUUGCGAAACUCUCGAGACGCUUUGCUUGUCGAGCAGGUAAGUUCUUCUAUACGUUUCUCAGCAUACAAUUACUGCUGUGCGCCACCCCUGGGGCGAAUUCUACGACGAACAAUCAGCGAACCACGCGGCACCACGAUGCUAGAGGUCUACUAAAACGUUCGCCCCAACCGCCGCCGAAAGGGCAUCAAGAGGAAUACAAAAAUACCUGCACUAACUGUCUCCGGAAGCAGAUAAAGCUAGUGAGCUCACUGUUCUUGAUUUAUUCUGGUGCGAUAAAUACGGCAACUCAAAAGCCCAUCGAUGAUCCCAACCAGCUCACCAAGCCCGAGAAGGGUGUGCUCCACGGACAGCGCAUCCCAUUACUCAGUAUCGCUUGUCCAGCGUACUGUUCAACACACUCCCAUCUGCUACAGCACCCAAUAUUAGCAAAUUUCGCCGUUAUUGCCACCGCCACUGCUACCUCAACUCAAUCUCUCAGGAUUCCCAUGGUAGAAGGCCCGAUCAUGACACUUGCAUCCCGCAUCCGAAAGGAGGUAUUCCUGACCGACGUGCUGAACAUCUUCGUCUGGAUAAUGCGACAGAUUGCAUGGAACAUUACAUGCGAGUUGUUUGCGCAGAUGAGGGUGCCUGAUGUGUUCCCUGGGCUGGGGAAGGGCUAUAAUUUGAUCCAAUUUCUCUGGGGAAGCGUGAGCGAGGCCAGGAAGAAGGGAAGAAUAGGAAGGCGACAUGGUUUCAGUCUGAUUCUCAAUGGGCUAGGUGCCGUGCGGACUUUCUGCGAUCAUCCAAAGAAAGGGAGAAAGAGCUAUUCCGUUUAG